UUUUUUAAACCCCCAUCACCUCUCCCUCCUCCUCUAUAUAAACCGACUAAUGCUUUCUCCAAAUUCCCGCAUCCCACCCCCUCCUCCUCCCACAGACCAACUCCCACCAGCCAUCCUGGUUUUUAUCAUAGGGAUGGAAACGGGUUAUAGCCUAAUCUACACCGUCCUCCUCCUGGCCCUUGUCUCCCAUCUCCUGAUGAGAAGGCAGCACAGGAGAAAAACCCAAGGAAAAGUGAAACUUCCACCCGGUUCAAUGGGAUGGCCUUACAUAGGAGAGACCCUUCAUCUCUACUCCCAAGACCCUAACGUCUUCUUUGCCACAAAACAGAAAAGGUACGGGGAAAUCUUCAAGACCCAUCUUCUGGGCUGCCCCUGCGUGAUGCUGGCCAGCCCGGAGGCCGCCAGGUUCGUGCUGGUGACCCAAGCCCAUCUCUUCAAGCCCACGUACCCUCGCAGCAAGGAGUGGAUGAUCGGCCCGUGGGCCUUGUUCUUCCACCAGGGAGACUACCACAUGCGGCUGCGGAGGCUGGUGCAGAGUUCCCUGGCGCCGGACACCCUCCGCGGCCUCGUCCCGGACAUCGAAGCCAUCGUCAUCUCCAUGCUCGACCCAUGGGAUGGCCGUGUGAUCAAUACGUUCCAUGAGAUGAAGAAGUUCUCCUUUGAUGUGGGUAUCCUCACAGUCUUUGGUGGCCGACUGGAAGAACGCUACAAACAGGAGUUAAAGAGAAACUACUUCAUCAUCGACAAGGGCUACAAUUCUUUCCCCACCAACAUUCCAGGAACUCUAUUCCACAAAGCAAUUCAAGCGAGGACACGGCUACGUAAGAAACUGAGUGAGAUCAUGAAUGAGAGGAGAAAGAAGGCAGGGGUGGAGAAGGAUCUUUUAGGCUGCCUCAUGAACUCACCGGAGCAUUUAAGCGCUGAUCAGAUCUCCGACAACAUCAUCGGUGUACUCUUCGCUGCACAGGACACCACUGCCAGCGUCCUCACCUGGAUCCUGAAGUACAUCCAAGACAACCCGGAGCUUCUUGAAGCUGUGAAGGAGGAGCAGAUGCGCAUACACGAGACCAAUGGGUAUGGAAGCCAACCCUUGACAUGGACCCAAACGAGAAGCAUGGUCCUCACUCAUAGGGUUAUAUUGGAGAGUUUAAGAAUGGCUAGUAUCAUUUCCUUCACGUUUAGGGAGGCCGUGGCUGAUGUGGAGUACAAAGGGUACCUUAUUCCCAAGGGAUGGAAGGUGAUGCCUUUAUUCAGGAAUAUACACCAUAACCCUGAAUUAUUCCAUGAUCCACAAAAGUUCGACCCUUCUAGAUUCAAGACUCCCCCCAAGCCCAAUACCUUUCUGCCAUUUGGAAACGGCGUUCACGCGUGUCCUGGCAAUGAGCUUGCCAAGCUUGAAAUGUUUGUCUUGAUCCACCAUCUGGUGACCAAAUACAGGUGGGAAGUGGUGGGAUCCCAAAGCGAGAUUGAGUAUGGCCCAUUCCCAGUCCCCAAGCACGGUUUACCAGCCAAGUUUUGGAGAGCUUCCACCACCACCACCACCACCACCAGCAGUAGCAACAGCGGUGGCGGCGCCCAACGAUGAUGUCUUUCUGCACCAUAAAUCUCCAGCCGGUCAUGCAUGCACAUUCCAGCAACUUGACCUAACCGGAUGAAUCUUAACGUCUCUAGCACCAAGUAGAUGGGGGCCCCAAUUCCUGUUACUUUGUAUUUGAUGGAAUAUAGUUAUCCCCCAAUGCAUUUAAUUGUUCAACCAAGGGGAUCUCUAUCACUAUCGCUCACUCUCAAUUGUCAUUUGGUCCCCCUCCAUCUUGUAAUUUUGUAUUGCUAGUAUCCAUUUGGAUGACAAAAUAGCAUGACAGUGUAACAUCAUCCUUGAUGCCAUGAACCCUACAUAGGAUUAGAUACAUGUUGUGCCGCCACGUGUCUCACCAAUGGAGUGGCUGUCGGAGGGCCAAGCGUCACUUCACCAUUGGUUACAAGUAGGGGGAGCAGUUAAGUGUGUGCCUUGAGGGAGAGGACAUUACUUAACUCCAGGAUUGUGUGGCCAAAGUUGCAAUGAGGGUGGGAUGGUCCUUGGGGGAACUUAGGAUGUGGUGGUGACCGGUGGCCCGUGGUCGGUGGUCGGCCUCUUAUUGGAUUAUCUCAAGGAUCAAUUGGGUGCACCAGUGAUUGUGGGUAGCCAACAGCAAAACGUACCGUAGGGUCUAUUUGGCUCAUGUCCGACUCCCACUCUUUUGAGAAUCCUCUGGAGAGGAUAGGCAAUGGACAUAUCAUGCCAGCCUUGUAGUUUGAUGAGAGGUUUGAUAGAAACAAUAUUAGGAAUGAUGAGUCUUUGUACAACUAUGACAACAUAGAUGUAGUAGGGGGCCAGUCACAAUAUCAUUAGAACAGGAAUCCAAGUGCCCCCAUGCACGGGUCUCAAAUGCUCAGUGAAAGUGUGGAAUGAGAUUGUGCAUGUGGGGGCCUUGGGCCUUGCAGUCAGCUGCAUCAAGGGCGACCCAUGAUCCACCUUUUUGGUUUGGUCUGGCAUUUGUCCAAUGAUGAUUGGCUAUAUAUUGUAGUUGGUACAAAAGCUCUUUCAUU